AUGAGCAAUGAUAUCGCCCCGGCUCGGCAAACCGCGAGUCCCUUCAAUGCGUCUGACAACUUACCCGAUGCAGACAGAUCAAGCGACCUUAAAGCUGACUUGUGCAGAUAUGCCCGAUGGCUGGCCAAAUCCGAACCCCUGUCUUCGCGGCACGAACGAUUCUGUGAGAGGUAUCCAAGACGAUUUCUUGCUCUAUGCAAGUUCCAUCUCUCCAUUUUGGUGGAUUUGCCGAUUGACUUCCUCGAGGCCCGCGAGCAUUAUUUAAGUCCGCCGCAUGAUCCUCUUCAUGCGUCCAUGGGCGCCUCCGCCAAUCCUAACGAACUUUCGCGUCGACUCGGAACUUACGGCCACUUGCGGCGGCCUCUUGCUCGGCUUCACCCGCGUCACGACACGAUGCAAACGUCUGGACACGAGUCGCUCAGUCCCGGACGCUAUUUCACACCGUCAACCCUUCGCUGGCCGUCCGGCCCGUGGACACGUUUCCUCACUCCUGGCUCAUCCAACACCGGAACUGUGUGCACCUUCUCGGAUUUAUACAACUCUCGAGGAUCCCGGCCAUCAUACCCCCUCAUUAUCAACACAACUCGUUCAGUUGAUCCGUACUAUGCAGGGCCAGAUGACUUGCAUUUAUCACACCUAAAUUUGGCCGGCAGCCAGUCAUAUCGGCCGGCCAACCCGCUGGGUCGGCUUUGCCAACCGCCCGACAGUCGACAUGGGCUAGCCCCCCGCGAUCUGAUGCCGCGCUUCGGCGUCCUCUUUUAUUGGCCCGCGGUUAUGUCUGCCUUCAGAAGAGAUGCUCUCCCCUUAGUUUGCCCCUAUUCCCAUUCGAAUGGCUCACCGUGUCCUGGUACGUCUUUACCUCAUCACUUGGCUUGCAUUCUGGCACAUCGUUUAGGCAUUACUCCAACUCUUGUUACACUCCUCUUUACACUUUUUCGUCCCGUUUCCGUUGCAGCCACACCGCGACGCUUCGGACUGGGCCAAAUCAGGUCGCUUCUGCAGCAGCCCAUUCCCGAUCAUGUCGUCAACAAUCUGCUCCAACUGAUGGAUCAUCUGGACCGGCCGGAAUACUUAAGGUGUGAGGGAAUCUUCCGAAAAACCGGCAACGUGCUCAGACAAAGAGAGUUGCGACGUCGUCUUCUUUCCUCUGAACCACUUGAUCUUUCCAAACUCGAUCCUCUCGCCUCCGAGUACCCACCAGCCCGUCGCAAUGGUCGGGCCCACGUCGGGGCGCAGGCCUCCUCUUCGACACAGCACUUGAAUGUGCACGACUUGGCCGCCGGUCUAAAAUCCGUCCUUUACGAUCUUUCAGAGCCACUGCUGACCCAUGAACUGCUUCCAGUUUUCGUCCAAGUUGCCAGUAAGCCAAUCGAGGAACGGAUCGCCAAGGCAAAGCAGCUCAAGGCACUGCGAAUUCUCCACCUUCUUCUGCCUCAGCCGCAUCUUUGUCUGUGGACCCGGCUGCUUUGCCUCCUGCGACACACGCUCGCCUUCACCGACAACCGAAUGACGCCCGACAGCUUGGGCACCCUGUUUGGACCGCUUCUGCUGGCUCCGGGUCGAGUAAGUCCAUUCGUCCAGACCGUCUGCGAAGCAUUCAUUGUCAUUACAGCACCACUCAUCGCUAGCCUUUUGCAUGUGGCCCUCGGUUUGCCGGCAAAAUGCAUGCAAAGCCAAAUUGGUGUUGCCCAUUUUCGCCCGCCUCUUCGUUGCCACUCCUCUCAACUAUCCACUUCCCAUGCCUCGUCAAUUAACCGCAAAUUGGUACCGACCGGGCACCGCGGGAGUCAGGCGCUCGUCUCCAUUUUUGCCCAUCCUCCAAAUCCCCUCGGCCGUUAUCAGACCUGGCCGGGCUUGGCCGUUCACUUUUGCCUCUCUCUCUCUCUUGCUCUAUCUCUCGCUCUCUCG